CGACCUGAACCGAAGGCAGCCGCUCAACUAACUGAGCCACCCAGGCGUCCCUGGGCCAUUCUUGAUGCUCAGCACCACUCCAGGUCUCCCACUACUCAGUAGUAAGUUUUUUCAGUUUCUGCUUCAUAAUUUUGAUGAUAUGUCUGUCAUUAGGCCUCCAAGAAUGAAUAUCCUCCGCCUACUCCUAGCCACACUGCUGGUCUCCCUGUGCUUCCUCACUGCCUACAGCCACCUGGCACCUGAGGAAAAGCCCAGGGAUGACAGGAGCCUAAGGAGCAACUCCUCCGUGAACCUGUUGGAUUUCUCCUCUGUCUCUAUUGUAGUGCUGAACAAGAAAUCCAAAAAGAUCAGCAGAAAAGAGGCGGAAAAGAAGAGAUCUUCCAAGAAAGAGGCUUCCAUGAAGAACGUGGCCCGGCCCCGGCCCCCGCCGCCCACCCCCUGCGUGGCCACUCGUGACAGUUGCAAGUCGCCGGCGCCGGCCUGCUGCGACCCCUGCGCCUCCUGCCAGUGCCGCUUCUUCCGCAGCGUCUGCUCCUGCCGCGUGCUCAACCCCGUCUGCUGAGCGCGCCCA